GUUGGUCAGCCUGAUAUAAACAGAGCACUCUGAUAAUAAGUCACAAUAUUAUCGGAGAAAUACAUAUUUCACUGGCGUGGAUUCUGAGACGUAAUUUCGGUAAAAGCGUUCAUUUCGGACUAUGACCGUAACACUCGGUUCCCAGGUGUCUUCGAUUUCUGGAUUAGCUCACGACAGAACUGUCAGGUGCUUAGUGGAUUAAUAAAAACAAAAAAAGCAGACAGCAAUGGCUAGGAUCUCUGAAAGAACGUGGGUCUACCUGGUCGGGCUCUCGCUGGCAGGUGUGGGUGGUGUUCUUUUCUUCAUUGGGUUCGCCACGCCCAACUGGAUCGAGUAUAACGUCAACAAUUUAUUUGGAGGGCGAUUUUACGUGCAAGUCUCGGUUACGAAUGCGAUAGGUCUGUGGCAGGCGUGUUCCAGCACCAUGGGCGUCAACGUGUGUGUAGCCAUCGGCGUCACCAGUUCGGGGGUUGUCCAUCACAUUGUCCAAGCUCUCGAGUGCAUCACGUUGAUGACGUUUCUUGGGUUUGGAGCUAUAGCCUUCCUCCACAACUUCACCAACGUCACCGGUUCAAACGUCGUCCGUUUUAACGGUCUGAUCACAUUCCUCGGGAUCAUCGGCGGUAUUCUUGGAGUUAUCGGCGCUGUGUUGUUCGUGGCAACCAAUUACAACUGGACCCCGUCUUGGAGUUUUGGUCUCGUUCUUGCUGGGUGUGUCUUAGUACUCUUUGGGACUGUCAUGAUGGCGUGUUCCGCCUCCCAGCACUCUCCCAGGGCCGCCGCUAACAGGGGCGUGGUUUACCAAACGUCCGCGUACCCACCAGGAACCAAUCAGCCGCAAGUGCACGUCGUGUCAACCACCAAUAACUGGAGCCAACAGGGAUACACUUCAGGAAGUCCGCAAUAUUAUAAUGUAUCCGAACCUGCGAUUGGAUAAUUCUUUUGGCCAGCAUUUUAACGCACACGUUACGUCGUUAGUUUUGUGUUGACAUUAAAGGUCCUAUGUCAAAGUUGAAAUUACAAUAAUUCGUUAUUUUCACAUUCAAUAAUAAUAAAUAACUACAAAUUAAUCGAUCCCACGCAUAAUUAUUUCAUAAUGAACUCUACAAUAUUCUUUUCUUUUUAAUUUUGCACUGAACAACAUGAGGGGUUUCCGUUUAAUUUGUGGCUAAAUAUAGCAUGGCCACCAUCUUUGUUUCUUGUGUUAGGUGAUCGCAAAUAUUCUGGGUAAACUUAAUGUUUUUAAUGUGUACGCAUAAAACAGUGACGUUACUAGUUAAUGCGUGUGACACGCUCGCAAGAUAUCCCAUCAAAAAUAAAAUUAUACUAGUAAAUGGAAUUAUUUGGUUAUAAUUUUUUAUGGGCAUAUAGCUGAAGGUAUAAACUUGGUAUGAACCGCCAUUAUUGCAACUUUGACAUAGCACCUGUAACAGUCUUAUAAAUCAAGUUCUAAAUAUAAGAGUGCCUCCAGUUACAACUAACGCUGCACGUAAGUCGUGUACAUAUAAUAAAUCAAGCACGAUCGCCGUUAUUUACUAUUAGUUACGAAAACUGGCACCAUUUCCAAUAACUGAAGCAGUUUGCGAUGGCGAACGCCCACGGAUUUAACAUAUUUUUGUUGGUGAUCGAACGGAUGUUUUCGACUCGGCCAAUUUCUCCUGAGUUAACGUUUCCUUUUUAAGAAAUAUCCUCAAG